UUUCUGCUGUGAAUGAUGGCCAAACCCACUCUGAGAGGGAAUGGCACUAACUCUGAGACCUUCAGACAGCGCUUCAGGAAAUUCCAUUACCAGGAAGUGGCUGGGCCCCGGGAGGCUUUCAGCCAGCUCUGGGAACUUUGCUGUCGGUGGCUAAGGCCAGAGGUGCGCACCAAGGAGCAGAUUGUAGAAUUGUUGGUGCUAGAGCAGUUCCUGACCAUCUUACCUGGGGAGUUCCAGAAUUGGGUACAGGAUCAAUGUCCAGAAAGUGGAGAGGAGGCAGUGACUCUGGUGGAAGAUUUAGAAAGAGAGCCUGGAAGACCUGGAUGUUCGGUCACAGUCUCUGUGAAGGGGCAGGAAGUGCGCUUGGAGAAGAUGCCACCCCUGAAAUCAGCUCGAGAGUUAUUAAGUGUUCGGCAGGAAUCAGUGGAACCCCAGCCCAGGGAUGUACCCAAGAAAGAGAGGGCAAGAAGCCCAGACCUGGGACCAAAGGAGCAGAUGAACCCAAAGGAGAAGCUCAGACCUUUUCAAAGGAGCGGAUUUCCAUUUCCUAAAUCUGGUGUGGUCUCCAGGUUGGAGCAAGGAGAGCCACGGGUCCCAGAUUUGCUGGGCUCCAAGGAGAAAGAACUCCCAAGAAGCAGCCAUACAGGAGAUAAACAAGUGCAUGCUGAUCUGUUAGCAUCUAAAAGAGAGAGAAGCUGGGUAGAACCUGAUCACUGGGGCUUUGAGGAUGAGAAAGUGGCAGGUGUGCACUGGGGCUAUGAAGAGACCAGAACUCUCCUUGCAAUUCUCAGUCAGACUGAGUUUUAUGAGGCUCUCCGAAACUGUCAUCGCAACAGCCAAGUGUAUGGGGCAGUGGCUGAGCGGCUCCGUGAAUAUGGCUUUCUCCGGACCCUGGAACAGUGUCGGACUAAGUUCAAAGGUCUUCAGAAGAGCUAUCGGAAAGUGAAGAGUGGCCACCCACCUGAGACAUGUCCCUUCUUUGAAGAGAUGGAAGCCCUGAUGAGUGCCCAGGUCAUUGCCCUGCCCAGUAAUGGCCUGGAAGAGGAAGCCUGUCACUCUGGGCUUCUGGGCAGUGAUGGUGAAACUGAGAAGCCAGGGAACGGGGGCUGGCAGCAUGAGGAGGGAGCAGAAGAGUCUGUGGCUGAAGAGUCUGACAGUGAUGAAGUGGAUCUGGAGGGGCCCCCACAGGACUCUGACAACUCAACUGCACCUGUCCUGUUUAGAAGCCCAAGUGGUGUACAUUGGGGCUAUGAAGAGACCAAGACUUACCUUGCAAUUCUUAGUGAGACUCAGUUUUAUGAAGCUCUCCAAAACUGUCACCGCAAUAGCCAGUUGUAUGGAGCAGUGGCUGAGAGGUUAUGGGAAUGUGGCUUCCUUAGGACUCCAGAGCAGUGUCGGACCAAGUUUAAAAGUCUACAAACCAGCUAUCGGAAAGUCAAAAAUGGCCAAGCACCAGAGACCUGUCCCUUCUUCAAAGAGAUGGAUGCUUUGGUAAGUGCCCGGGUUGCUGCCCCACCCAAUUACGGCCAGGAUGAGACAGCUUCUUGCCCCAUCCAGGGGACCAGUGAGGCUGAAGCUGAGAAUCAAGCUGAGGAGGCAGAGGACUCCAUAGAGGAAGAUUCUGAUGAUGAUGAAGAGGAUACUGAGAUACCUCCAGAGGCUGACAUAACCCGUGCUCCAGUGUUAUUCCAGAGUCCCAGUGGAUUUGAGGCUGUAUUUGAAAAUGAAGCGAAUCCAAAACGGGAUAUUUUUGAGGAAGUACAACUGCAUAGGACACUACUUGCAAGAUCUGAACGGAAAAUUCCCUGUCGUCUUAAUCAAGGUAAAGGCAGUGAGAGUGAACACAGACCAGGAAGAGAAUGGGAAAAGACCUUAGAGGAGAAACGAGUAAAACAGACACUGCCAGAGAAGAGUUUAGGAAAAGUCUUAAGUCACCAGAGACCUUGCUUGGGAGAGAGACCCUACAAGUAUCUCAAAUAUGGCAAAAACUUCAACCCAAACUCCCUUCUCAUGCAUCAGCUAUCCCACCAGGUAGAGAAUCCAUAUAAAUGUGCUGAUUGUGGGAAAAGCUUCAGUCGGAGUGCACGCCUUAUUAGACACCGGAGAAUCCACACUGGAGAGAAGCCUUAUAAGUGUCUUGACUGUGGGAAAAGUUUCCGUGACAGUUCAAAUUUUAUCACCCAUAGGAGAAUCCACACAGGAGAGAAACCUUAUCAAUGUGGUGAGUGUGGCAAACGCUUCAAUCAGAGCUCAAGCCUUAUAAUUCACCAGAGAACCCACACAGGAGAAAAGCCCUAUCAAUGUGAAGAGUGUGGGAAAAGCUUCAAUAACAGUUCUCAUUUUAGUGCACAUCGGAGGAUACAUACAGGAGAGAGACCCCAUGUGUGUCCUGACUGCGGAAAAAGUUUCAGUAAGAGUUCUGACUUACGUGCACAUCAUAGAACCCACACAGGAGAGAAACCCUAUAGGUGUCAUGAUUGUGGCAAGUGCUUCAGUAAAAGCUCUGCCCUUAAUAAGCACAGAGAAAUCCAUGCUCGAGAAAAGCUUCUGUCACAGUCAGCACCUAAGCAAGUCCCUGAGGGUAUAUAAAGAAAAGAGCCUCAAUAAGGUCCAUCUCCUACUAGGAAAUACUCUUUAGGAAUAUGCCACUAUUUGUUCCUUACGAUUUUCCUGGGUGUAGAGUCAAAUUCUCAAGGCAAUUGCCUUAAGAGUGAAAGUAAGAGUAAAAUUUCAGUCCCUUUCCUUGCCUGUAUUUGAAUUGAUAGAUAACAUCUUUUCCUCUCAAUGCCUAUGGCAUUCCAUCAGUGAAGUAUAGAGGACAUGAUAGUAGAUCCUAUGAAUUUGAUAUGCAUCCUUUCUUCAUCCUGUCAUCCAGCUGCAUUUUGUUUCAAAAAAAAUCAUAUAACAGCGUUUCAAAGAGAAGUUGUAAGACUGCUCUGUAAGCGGGUCUGGCUCUUCUUUAUUCAAUAGUGGAAAUGCUAAAAAGAAUGGUUCUUACUGCUUAUAAUCCUGUGCUCAAAAUACUUGCCAGGCAUACUCUUAAAGGAGAGUUUAAUAUCUAUCUUGGGUCUACCCCAAGAAUCAUCUUAUUCAGAACCAGAUAUUCUGUAUGGGGAUGUACUGAGUUGUGAACCUUGGAUUUCUAGUUUCUUCUAAGUCCUAGAAGGAAGAUUGGAAUAGAAUACUACUACCUUUGUAGAAUCUAGUUUGAUUUUCUUUCUGUCCAAUCAGAAUUUCACCUGCCCCUUGUGGCCCAGAAGCCCAAAGAACAAACCAUGUGGAUGGGUGAUAGGCAAUGCAGUUAAAGCUGCCAACAGGGAAUUGUCCAUAUUCCACAUAAUCCAAACACUUAGUAUAGUGUUAUGCCCCAAAUAUGUGUUCAAUACUGACCUGCAGUGAGCAAAAGCCACACCUAUAUCCCCAGGUAUUGUGAAAACAGACCACUCUGUGCUAACCCUUUACCUGAAUGGCAGGGAUGGAUUAUCUGUAGUCAGUGGAGCUACUGAUCUAUAUAUGUGCACACACACACACACACAUACACACACUCAGCUAUAUAUAAUGAAAGCUUUUCAAACAAAAGUAUAAUUACUGAUCCUAUAGUAAAACAUUGAAUUGUCCAUAUGUUCAUAGUAGUAUGAUGAGCCGUGUAAAGCAAAGCCGUGUAAAGCCGUGAUGUCCUUGCUUGCCCUUGCAAUCUAAAACAGAUGACGCUGACAUGGACAAAUAAGUACACACGUGUAGUUGCAACAGUUUUAGGGAAAUCUAGAAAGCUAGGUAGUAACACUACCCAUAACUGUUAUGAUCCAGUGCAUUAAAGUUUGGUAUAAGAAAAAUCUGGGAAGCGUUUUCUUUAUUCAGGAAGGCUUCAUGAAGCAAGAAGUAUUAAAAGGAGGGAAGGUUACUGGGUAAAUUAGGGUAGAAUGAACAUUCUAAAACCAGUUGUAAAACUAAGUGUUGGGGCUCGGUGCCUGUAGCUCAGCGGCUAAGGGCGCCAGCCACCUACACUGGAGCUGGCGGGUUCAAACCCGGCCUGGACCUGCCGAACGAUGACAACUACACCAAAAAGAAAAAAAAAAAAAUAGCCGGGCAUUCUGGCGGGUGCCUAUAGUCCUAGCUACUUGGGAGGCUGAGGCAAGAGAAUUGCUUAAGCCCAAGUGUUUGAGGUUGCUGUGAGCUGACGCCAUAGCACUCUAUGCAGGGCGACAGUGAGACUCUCCAAAAAAGAAAAAAACUAAGUGUUGGGUAUCUUGAGGAAAAUGGGGGAGCGAGGUGUUUUGUGUAAAUGGAGCCAAGGGCAAAGGUCUGUAAGGACAAUUAGAUAAAGCUUGGAGCAGCACAAAACUUGAGGAAUAGCAUCAUAGCUUUUGCAGUGGGCAGAAAAUUAGUUUAGCUAAAACAUUGAGUGCCAGAUGCAGAUGACAAGGGAGUAUACCCAUCACUGAGAGUAAAUCAGGUACUGUGCUGCACUUACUGAUAAGGAAACAGCUGGCUGGCAUUGGGGAAGAAAGCAGUUUUAAGGGACCAGCUUUUAUAGGAGACAAAGAUCAGAAACUAGUAUCUGUUACAGAUACUUUGGUGGACAGGUCAGAGUAAAGAUGAACAUGGUCAGAUGGCCAAGACCUGAGAUAAGGUAUUUUCACAUUCAUAUUUAAUUAGAAUCCUGUGGCUGGAACAAUAUCUGAGAAAGCAGUAGAGAGACAGAAUAUUCCGUAAUUCAUAGCUUACUGUGUUAGAAGAGAUUAAUUAGGGUUCUGUUGUUGAUGAGCACAAAAAGUAACUUUAGGUACUGAGGGGAAAGGGUAUCAAUUAUGUUGUCUAAGCAGACAGGAAGGUACGAGAAACACCAAUCCAAAGCAAAGCCUCAGGAUCUGAGAUGUUUUAGGGGAUGUGUGCGUAAUGUGAAACAAUAAGAGAUUAUUGUCUUUAGUAGAUAGUCUUGUGGGGAAAGCAUUGGUUGGAGUAUUAACAUGAGUUCUGGUUCCAGAUGUCUUGUAUGCAAGUCAACCUGCCUAAAUUUCCCUCUCUGUAAACACGAAUAAUGUUUAUACCUAAUCUGCCUCUCAGGGAUACCAUGUCAAUAAAAAUUAUGUCUAUGAAGUGCCUGGUGUUUCUUCAGGUGUUUAUAUAUAUAUGCGAAUUAUGAUCAACUUGUUAGUGGUAGGAAAAGAUAAAUCUUUACGUGCUUGCUUUGGCUCCCUGUUUGUGGGUACCAGAAGUAUGCUUGCCUGAAUCUUUAUGUUCUAGACAGGAACAAAUUGGGAUAUGAUGAGUGAAAUUAGAAUAAAGGUCCUUCCUUGGUAUCUGACACACCCACAUAGCCACCAGAAAUGUUGUGGAAUAAAAUUUAAUGUUAUGAAGAUGUUCAUGAUAAUAUAUUCAUUGAAAAAUGUGGUUUUAAUUUUAUAGUCCAUUUUUUAAUACAGGGUGUCCAUAAAGUUUGUGUGCAAUUUAUUGUGUUACACUAUUUUAAAUUGCACACGAACUGGGACCAAUAACUGGACAUGGAGAGUGAGUCUUAUUUUAAAAGACUCAAGACCAGGGGUCCUCAAACUGCGGCCAGCGGGCCACAUGAGGCAGUGUGAUUAUAUUUGUUCCCGUUUUGUUUUUUUACUUCAAAAUAAGAUGUGCAGUGUGCAUAGGAAUUUGUUCAU